CACCUCCCUGGCUCACAUGAUCAUCCCGCCGCGGCCUCCGAGCGGCUGGGAUCAGGCGAUCAGGCGUGAAUCACCGCGCCCGGGCUUUAUAUUUCGUUUUGAAAAUGCUGAGAUGCUGAGAUGGACCCAAAGGGCUGAAUGCUCAGUGUCUGCCAGCCACCCUCAGUUGCAGCUUCUGUCCAAAGAAGGAAUCGCCCUCUCCCUGCUGGGGCCACUAACAGCACUAACACGGUCCGAAUGACAUCUGCAAAGCUCGGGAACGGCGACAGAUGGGAAGACGCGUAGCAGCCUGGGGACCCUCGGAAGAGCCGCGCAACCCCUCGGCGGACGCUGCCAGCACCCGCACCCUGCCACCCAGACCCCGGCGGCCCGCCAAGACACUCUGGCCCGCACCUCUAUGGGACAGAGCAGAAUGGGCUGAUAUAGAUCCAGUGCCGCAGAAUGAUGGCCCCAAUCCCGUGGUCCAGAUCAUUUAUAGUGACAAAUUUAGAGAUGUUUAUGAUUACUUCCGAGCUGUCCUGCAGCGUGAUGAAAGAAGUGAACGAGCUUUUAAGCUAACCCGGGAUGCUAUUGAGUUAAAUGCAGCCAAUUAUACAGUGUGGCAUUUCCGGAGAGUUCUUUUAAAGUCACUUCAGAAGGAUCUACAUGAGGAAAUGAACUACAUCACUGCAAUAAUUGAGGAGCAGCCCAAAAACUAUCAAGUUUGGCAUCAUAGGCGAGUAUUAGUGGAAUGGCUAAGAGAUCCAUCUCAGGAGCUUGAAUUUAUUGCUGAUAUUCUUAAUCAGGAUGCAAAGAAUUAUCAUGCCUGGCAGCAUCGACAGUGGGUUAUUCAGGAAUUUAAACUUUGGGAUAAUGAGCUGCAGUAUGUGGACCAACUUCUCAAAGAGGAUGUGAGAAAUAACUCUGUCUGGAACCAAAGAUACUUCGUUAUUUCUAACACCACUGGCUACAAUGAUCGUGCUGUAUUGGAGAGAGAAGUCCAAUACACUCUGGAAAUGAUUAAACUAGUACCACAUAAUGAAAGUGCAUGGAACUAUUUGAAAGGGAUUUUGCAGGAUCGUGGUCUUUCCAAAUAUCCUAAUCUGUUAAAUCAAUUACUUGAUUUACAACCAAGUCAUAGUUCCCCCUACCUAAUUGCCUUCCUUGUGGAUAUCUAUGAAGACAUGCUAGAAAACCAGUGUGACAAUAAGGAAGACAUUCUUAAUAAAGCAUUAGAGUUAUGUGAAAUCCUAGCUAAAGAAAAGGACACUAUAAGAAAGGAAUAUUGGAGAUAUAUUGGAAGAUCCCUUCAAAGCAAACACAGCACAGAAAAUGACUCACCAACAAAUGUACAGCAAUAACACCAUCCAGAAGAACUUGAUGGAAUGCUUUUAUUUUUUAUUAAGGGACCCUGCAGGAGUUUAAAAUGAGAGUGGUCCUUCCCUUUGCCUGUGGUGUAAAAGUGCAUCACACAGGUAUUGCUUUUUAACAAGAACUGAUGCUCCUUGGGUGCUGCUGCUACUCAGACUAGCUCUAAGUAAUGUGAUUGUUUUAAAGCAAAGUCAUUGGAUGGGAGGUGGAAGAAAAAGUCCCAUAAAGGAACUUUUGUAGUCUUAUCAACAUAUAAUCUAAUCCCUUAGCAUCAGCUCCUCCCUCAGUGGUACAUGCGUCAAGAUUUGUAGCAGUAAUAACUGCAGGUCACUUGUAUGUAAUGGAUAUGAGGUAGCCGAAGUUUGGUUCAGUAAGCAGGGAAUACAGUGGUUCCAUCAGAGCUGGUCUGCACACUCACAUUAUCUUGCUAUCACUGUAACCAACUAAUGCCAAAAGAACGGUUUUGUAAUAAAAUUACAGCUGUAUCUAAAAACAA